UACGUGUAGUCUCGCGAUGUUUAGAUGUAGACCAGCAGGGAAGUGUGUUGAUCUAUGAGAGCUGUUUCGUCGAGCUGACGCGACGUUCUUAAAACAUAAUUUACGAUGAAACACAAUUAAAGCCUAAGUUAUUUAAGUGUCGGUCAGAACCAGAAAUGGAGGUAAACUCGACCUGUUCAUCUCCUAAAGAGGAUGGCGAGCUAGAGGACGGGGAAAUCUUCGACGAUGAGCCGCAGAAACAGCAGUCGCAAGACGCACGGCCUCCGCGACGCGCCCGAAACAACCGCCCCGCGAUGAACAAGAGGGCGCGUGUACCCGGACACAUGAUAAAUAACAGCGCACCGGUGCCGAUGAGAGGCUUGAUACCCGCCGGCCCUCAUCCGCCCUUCCCCGCCGGACUCCGGCAGGGCUCCGGCUUCUGGGAGCGCAGUCACGGCGCGUUGGGCCGCUUCAGAUACCGAGGGCGCAGAGCGUCAGACUGGACACGCGACUGGACGGAGCGAUUCACGGAGAAUCACGGCAACCGAUCAGAGAAACAGAAAAUGGGUGGCAGAUGUCAGAUGAGAAGGCCAGUGAGUGGACUUUCUAAAGCAGAGACAGUAGAUGAGAGCUUUGAGGAUCUUCUCAUGAAGUACAAAGAGAUCCAGCUGGAGCUGGAGUGCAUCAGGAAAGAGGAGAGAAUGGCCCUGAAAGAUGAUGAGGUCGCACUGGAACAGCGCUCGGCGGGUACUGAAGCCGGUCCGCCGGCCGUGACGCUGCAAGAGCCCAUCUCUAGUGUAACAGACAAAGUGUUUCAAGCGUUCAACAUCAGACCACUCAGACAGAAGCUGUUGACCCCUGCGGAGAGAGACGCUCUUAACGCCAGUGUUACACAAGAUGUCCAGAGACAGGACAGUGAUGAGACGCUGAAGGAAAUUAUUCUGGAUGAUGGUGUAAAGGAUGAAGACUCGGAAUCAGACCUCAACAUCUCUGCUGUGAGUGAAGAGUCCACAGCAACCUCUGGCAAGGUAAGGGAAGAGGAUGACCUCUCGGAGCUGCAGCUGCGUCUCUUGGCUUUGCAGUCGGCCAGCAGAAAGUGGCAGCAGAAGGAGCAGCAGGUGAUGAAGGAGAGCCAAGAGAAGAUUACUAAACCUAUUACAGUGGCUCAGGACAAAAGCAGUUCUCCAAGUGAAAGGAACAAGGUUAACUGCAGAGGUAAUGCUUUGUGCAAAUCACAGGAAAGACCAAGACCCGCCAAACCAGCAGCCGAAAAAAACAAACCUGCAGCCAGAGCAAAGAAACCCCCUCACCUGACAAAGCAAGCAUUGAGAAAGCAGCAGCUGCGCACAUGGAAACUGCAACAGCAACAAGAGCAGGAAGGUCAGAGACACAAGCAGGAGGAAGAAGAAGAGAGGAAGAGGAGGGAAGAUGAGAUCCGUAAGAUCCGAGAUCUGUCCAAUCAGGAUGAGCAAUACAACCGUUUCAUGAAGCUGGUGGGCUCCAAACAUCGCUCCCGAAGCAAGUCUUCAGAUGCUGAUCAGAGAAAACUGGUUAAGCAAGCUCUGGACACAUCAGGAAAUCUCUACCAGUAUGAUAACUACGAUGAGGUUGCCAUGGAUACAGAGAGUGAAACCAGCUCACCAGCCACAUCACCAACACACAGUACUUUACCUGUGUUUCCUCUGGAGUCCACACCUCACAGACAGGUUUUGGGGCAACACUGUCAGCAGAUGGAGUCUUUACAUUCAGCACCUCCACCUCCUUUGCCCCCACUGCCUCCCCCAGAGGAUGCGGAGCAGCCGCCCAAACCUCCUUUUGCAGAUGAGGAAGAGGAAGAGGAGAUGCUGCUGAGAGAGGAGUUGCUCAAAUCCCUGGCAACAAAACGAGCUGGUAAAGCUGAGGAUGCGCCCAGUAGCAGCGGACCGCCGUCUCAUGCUCUAAGAUCAGCGGUUCGGCCAAACACCAGGAGCAACCUCACGGCUGUCAGCCUGAACACGGUCAACUCUCAUACACGUCCACUUAAGUUUAUGCGGGGUAACGCUAUACCUAAAGGCCAGUUUGUGUUACCUCGACACAAGACAGUGGUGGUGCGUCUGAAUGCGUCUGAUGAUAGUGAUUCAGAAGGCGAGAGCUGCAGUUCAUCUCAAAUUGUGUUUGGAGGACUGGAGUCCAUGAUUAAAGAAGCUCGCAGGACCGUAGAGGCAGCCAAACCAAAGCAUUCAGUUUCAGAGAAGGAGAACAACCCAGUGAAGACUGCAGGUGCACUGCCUGAGUUACGGCUGCUCAGAGACGAAAUGUCAAGAUCCGGAAGGCUGGCUACCUCAUCUCCAAUGGGCUCAGACUCAGAGGUGGACCUCACGACAAGAGCUGCAGAUCUUCAGGAGGAAUUUAAUCGACACAUAGCGCAGCUGAAUAAAGAUGAGGCUCUACUGAAGCAUCUGCUGCAGCAGGAAAUAAAGAAGAGAGAAUCGUUGAAAGCAGCCGAAGCCAAAGUCAUGCGCCUUAAAGAACAACUGCUGGCCUCGGAGAAAAUCGCCAGCGCUAAUAGAGUCCUGCUCAAGAAGCUACAGGAACAGGUUCAGAGAGUUCAGUCUCGUGUGACUGCAAAGAAAAAUCAGUCUUUAGGACUAGAGAUGGAUCUCGCUCAACUGCAGGCUGCCGCAGCUCCUUCCUUAUUAAAACGACGUAAACCUGUGACCCUUUACUCGCCGGUGAAGGUCCGCCGUGUGGAUUACUCGGAUACCCAUUACGUCGAGCUCAUCGCACAGAAGCAGCGUUUGCAGCAGCUAGAGUCUGAAUACGCUCUUAAGAUCGAGAAGCUGAAAGAGGCUCAGGCAUUACGCCAGGCCGAGCCACGCCCCGCUGCCUCACAGGCGCCUGCCGCUCUGUUCCCCUUACCGCAGCCCUCACUGCAUGACCUCACGCAGGAUAAGCUUAUCCUCUCCAAUGAGGACGCAGAGGCUGAGGAGGACGAGCAGUCGCAGGUUCCCGCCGCAGCGACGCCUACUACCCGCCGGCGAUCCUUCCGUGAGUCCGGCUCCUUCACCAAACCCAAACUGUGCCAUCUGGAAACGCCUGCCGCUUCCCCCAUGCCUGUCAAACAUGCUAAAGCCUCUUCCUGCAGCGCCGGUGGUCUGCCGGAGCUUCUGCUGGGGUUGAACAUCGAGGACCUUCGACAGAAAUAUCAACUGUGUGUCGGACUGUCCGAGGUCCUGCAGAAAGAAAUGUGCUCACUCCGCUGUGCCUCUGAACACAUAAAGCCUCUUGUGAAGGUCAUACAAGUGGAUUUUGAUCCAGUGGCAGCUUAUCAGAGCAAAGUGGAAGCAAAGGCAGAGCCGUUUGGACCGUAUCACAGUCCUUUACUUGUCUUCAAGUCAUAUAGGUUCAGCCCGUAUUAUCGUACCAAAGAGAAGCUAUCCUUGCGCUCGGUGACCUACAGCAACGUGAUCGAGCCAAAGAAAUGUUUCUGUCGAUUUGAUUUAACCGGCACGUGUAACGAUGAUGAUUGUCAGUGGCAACACAUGAGAAACUGCACCUUCACAGACAGCCGGUUAUUUCAGGACAUUCUGUCUUACAGCCUCCCACUGAUUGGCUGUGAGGGGACCAGCAGCACCAGUGACAUCAGCAGCGCCACAGAGAAAUAUAUAAAGAAACUGUUUGGUGCCAAUAAGGACCGAAUGGGAACAGACCAGAAGGCCGUUCUGCUUGUGAGCAAAGUCAAUGAAAGUUUGAGGCACAUUCCUCCGUUCACCACAUAUAAAGCCCAGAGGAGGUGGAGGCCUGAAGCCCAGAGAGUGAAGAUUGAUGGUCAGGAAGAAGAACACCACAAUACUGUGGACUUCACUGUUCUGGUCCAACACGAUGGUGGCGUUCAGGAAUGGUGGCCAUCAGCUGAUGUAUGCGUCACGCAGGAUGAUAAGCGAUACUUUGACAGUGAGACAGAUGAUAUUAGUAAUCUGGAGACCAGCGUGCUGGAAAGUCCAAAUGAUGUGCAGCUGUGGAUCAAACUGGCCUUCAAAUACCUCAACCAGAAAGACAUCUCGGUUUCAGAGUCUCUGGAUGCUGCAUUAAACACGCUGUCUCGUGCUCUGGAAGAUAACCGUGAAGAUGGCGAGGUGUGGUGUCACUAUCUGACACUCUUUUCACGGCGAGGUAGCAGAGAGGAACUUCAGGAGAUGUGUGAGAUGGCUGUAGAGCAUGCGCCGCACUAUAACGUCUGGUGGACAUAUAUGAGUGUAGAGAGCGGUUUUGAAGGUAAAGACUAUGUGUGCGGCCGUCUACUUGCACACCUGCUGAAGACGUCACAUGAUGGCGGAUCAGAUCUGAACUCGUUUCAGCUGUUGGAGACGCUGAUGUUCAGAGUUCAGCUCAGUGUGUUUACGGGACGCACACACAACGCUCUUCACAUACUAAAGAAUGCGCUGAAUUCAGACUCCAGGCCGAUCAUUUCAGAUCAUUUAACGGUAGCGCACCGUUGUUUGUUGUGGUUGUCAUAUAUCUACAUGACUGAAUUCAGACACUUGCCAUCGUGUCUGUAUGAUCCUGCUAUCUCCAAUCCCUCGCGAAUCGUGUGCACGGAUACGUUCCUCAUUCCCUGGAGAGAGGGCCGAGACAUCCACAUACCCACUGACACCAUCAUCAGUCUCUUUCAAGAUGCUUUGAUCCACUGCACAGAUGAGAGUUUAUCAUCCAGUGAGCAGAUUCAGGCCUGCUUUCCCCUUCAUUCAAACCUCAUUCAUCUGUACAGACUGUUGGACAGACAUCAGGAGGCUCUUGGACUAUGUGAGCGUCUGUUAGCAGUGUGUCCUCUUUAUGGCCCCCUGCUGGAGAUCACCGGUGAACUGCACGUCUCUUCAGGAUCCACAGAUAAAGCUGCAGACUUGUGGACGUGUGCUCUUUCUGACAGUCCGUCUAACGCUUAUGUAUUUUACCAGUUGAUCAAGUGUUUAUAUGCUCAGGGAAAAUGCAGCACUAUGGAAGCGGUUUUUGAGAAGUUUAUGUGCACUUUUUGUGAAACUGUAUCCGAUUCGCUGACAUCUCUAGAUGUAUUACGCCAUAUUCUUGGCUUUCCCGCUGAAGAUUUACUGAGAGUGCCAACCCUUAAAGAAGAUGUACAGGAUGAGAUAAGAGAUCAGCUUCCACACCUUCAUCUCAUUCACUGUUUUUGGCAGUCCAUGUACGGCAGCGUGAGAGAGGCCAUUGAUGCAUUUGAAAAUGCUUUGGGAACUGUUACAAAACUGGAGUUCAUUCACAAACUUUGGCUAGAUUAUCUCUCCUUUAGCAGCAGUAAGGUGUUAGGGCAGCAGCCCAGUGUUCGUGAGUUGAAGAUGUUUACAGGUCUGGUGCAUCGAUGUCUGGAGACGGUGCCAGUCAGACUCACCCUGCCCUUCAGUAACUCACGCUAUUGGAGCAGCUACAGCUUCCAUAACAAGAUCGUAUCCUUCUAUUUGGGUUGUUUUCCUCAAUCUCAACAUUCUCUUGUUCUGGAAAGACUUCAGUAUAUCAUGCCAAACAAUGUUGAGCUGGCCAUAAGGUCGCUCCAGCAGGAAUGGCGAGAUGGAAACAUUGAGCAUUUUAAGUUACAGAGCAGACUGUUGUGCAGUAGCAUCUCGACGUGUCUGGCCUUCUGGAAAAUAGCAAUCGGCGUUGAGAAGGAGCAAAGGCACAGAGCUGAGGUCCAGCGACUUUAUCAGUCUGCACUGCAGAAACUGCCCCUGUCAGCUGAUCUAUGGACAGAUUGUUUGCUGUUUGAGGCGGCUGAAGGAGGUAAAACUGACAUAUUGAAAAAAAUCAUUGACAAGUGCCAAGAGGUGGGAGUGAGUCUAAAUGAGCCGCUAGGGUUAGAGCCGAACCAAACAGAGUGACACCAUCAUCACACCAUUCCCACUAAAUCACCCCAAACUCCCACUGACAUUUAGAUGUGUCUUAGCUUAGACUUGACUGUGACAUCAUACUCAGUAUUUCCAGCAGAAAGGCACGACUCAGUCCAGCAUGUGGCAUCUUUUGUCAUCAUGUACGUAAGUAUGAAUCUGCUGAUGAUAAUUUUGUUCGUACACUAACGCUUUUAAUUUGAUUUGUUUCUUUAACGUCACAUCAUACUUGAUGGACUGUGACCGGUUUUAAGGUGGCUUCCUUCGCAAAGUACUUGUUCACAUGGCGUCUUAACCAUGUGUCAUCAAGGAAGAUUAACUCCAUUUGAGAGUUUAAGGGCUCAGAACAAACUUGUUUUUUUAUUUUUCAAUCGUGGAUUGAAUGGCUGUUAGAAGUUUUCUGUUUUGCUCGCCGAUCUCGGUGGUUUGAUGGAAACUUCUCUACAGACUGCCAGAUGUUGCAGACGCUCAGCGUGUCUGUAGUUAAGGACUACGCCAGCACAUUGUUAAACUAUUUAUGUUAAACUUGUUUUUCUUUCAUGAACUUUCAAAAUCCAUGCUUGUAUGUUUGUGUGUGUAUAUAUGCAUGUAUGUAUACGUGUGUAUGUGUAUAUGUAUAUAUUUACACGCACACUCACACAUUGAUGAACAUAUUCGACAGGAGUGAUAAUCUUGCAACUGUUUUUCCUUUCAAUUUAUAAUUGAACAAUAUUUCUAUUAAAUUAUUUUGUACAAUACAAAA